CCGAACAACCACCCUGCCACCGCUGCCUACCACGGUGCCUGACGACGAGUGACUGAGUCCUCCGAUUAUUAUCUCAUUUGCUGGCACGAGCAGCACGCGACGCGCCGCUGUCGCCUACCCAGGAUCCGUAGAUCACUGCCUCUGGAUCACCGCGGAAACCCCGGGACCACCAAACCCCGACGUGCAACCUGUCGCCGCGUGUACAGCGACCAAACCCUCAGAACCAGCAACAUGACGACGACCACGGGAGAUCCGUCGACUCUGAAGAGUCCAGCUUCGCUCUCCGGCGGCGACUUGGUCUCUCGUCUGCUAGCAGCCACUCCUCCCUACCUGUACAACGUGCCAUUAACACCGCACAGUUUCUUCUUCAGCGAGAUGCUUCGCUCGUUCGUGCAAGCGAAAACAGAGGUGUCGUCCUCCACGAGUAACACGACAAACGCACCGAGACGUCGCAAGAGAUCAUGGCGUGACGCUCGAGAUCGUCCGUUGGAGUUAACCACGAAGGAGAGACAGCACCAUCAUCAUCAUCACUCGCAGCAACAGCAACAGGACAAAUAUUUUCACGCGCAGCAGCAACAAGCGCAAGCGGAGACACGAUUGGAGAACAGAAGCAAGCAGAGCGACGGUUACGAUCCGGAGAACAAGAUAGGUAACUUCGAGCAGAAACCAAGCUUCGUGCCGGACAUUUUGAAACCCAUCGACGAGAACAAGUCGGAUUUCAGCAAGCAGAGCAAGAGUUUCUUCGACGAGCGGCCCCGUCACUUCGAGCAGGCCCAGCCGCCAGAGAAUAUCUUCUCGAGCGAGUUGCAGAAGGUUAAACCGGAGGAGUCUCACUCGAGCGACCGUAAGAACUGCAACUACAACGACAGAAGCCCGUACGACGAGCGUACAAAGAGCGCGAUCAGCAAUCAAGAAAUGCCGCCGCUGUUGACCGAUCAGAAGAAGCUCGAUUUCUCGAGGAACUUUCUGCCUAGUCUUCCGGGAAGAGGCUGUGACAUGCUUCCGGGUGUGAAAGGAUUCGGUCUACCCGGAAACGUGACCAAUCCGGAAUUUCUACCCAGUCCUCUCUGGUAUCCGCCUUAUCCGAUGCCUCAAUCCUAUCCAGGCAUCGAUCCUCUCCAUUUUUUCAUCGAUCUUCGCGUCUCCGGACACAUUUGGGACCGCAAGCUCAGCGAGAGGCAGUUGCCGUUCAAAGGCAAGCAUUGCUCGGCCUUCAGCGUGCCACAGUCGAAGGAGUACAACAGUAACAGGCCGUUGAAUCUGACCAGGGACGAGGCUAGCACAUCCAGGAGCAGCGAAGAGAACCUGCGUGGUACUAACUACAUUCUGAGACACCUAACCAGGACGUACAGGGAGAUUGGCCAGGCACGAAAAGCGUGCAGGAGUGAAACAUCGACUUCCGGGGAGAGCGAGGAGAGCUCAAAGGACAUUGAUAAUAACGAAAGAUCCCCGAAGCCGGAAGACAUCGCCGCCGUCGCGUCCACGAGCCCGGAAGAAGAAAGGAAGGAUCUUCGGGCGUUGAUAGGGCUAGAGUUGGUGGUGGAUUACGUGAAAGAGCCGAAGGGGGAUACCUCGAACGAGCAGACUUCGCAAGUAACCGAAUAA